AUGCCAGAGCGACAGCUCAAAACUCCCGUAAGGAGCUACGGCAAGGAGAUGGGACGCGUGACAGGAAAAGAAAGGAGAUGGGAUGCGUGCAAGAGUGACGCGAAUGGGACAGACACAGCAAGGAGAGGUGAUGCGUCGAAUAGUGAUACGAACCGAACAGAUUCAUCGCACGACCGUCGACGACAGCCAGGCACCCAUACAGGCGCUAAGUGCGAGAGUCGCCCAACAUGCCAUGCCAGAGCGACAGCUCAAAACUCCCGUAAGGAGCUACGGCAAAAAGAUGGGACGCGUGUAAGAGUGACGCGAACAGGACAGGAAAAGAAAGGAGAUGGGAUGCGUGCAAGAGUGACGCGAAUGGGACAGACACAGCAAGGAGAGGUGAUGCGUCGAAUAGUGAUACGAACCGAACAGAUUCAUCGCACGACCGUCGACGACAGCCAGGCACCCAUAAAGGCGCUAAGUGCGAGAGUCGCCCAUCAUGCCAUGCCAGAGCGACAGCUCAAAACUCCCGUAAGGAGCUACGGCGAGGAGAUGGGACGCGUGCAAGAGUGA